AUCAUCAAGCCUGGCGGAUCCUCGUGUGCGCGGAAGAGAUCGGUUUUUCUCGUCGAGUCUAUACAGUGCAAUGUAGCCGAAGAAAAAUUUAUUUUUUACUCUUCCUUGUUGAAGAAACGAAAAAUCGAUGUUUCUCAGCUAUUUUUCAACUUUAUUUUAUCAAUUUCUUAUUUAAAUUUGCAAAAAGCUUUCUAUGUGCGAUAUAGGUGUAUAUAUUCGUGCGUGAAAACGGUCUAAUGUAAUGUAUUCAUUGUCGUGGUGCUUUUUACAAUAUAGUACGAUGUAACAAUUGCUAUAAAUAAUUAGUGCGCGUGCUGAUGUCGAUGUGUUACAUCGAAGAAGACUCGAGUUGAUAUUUGCACAGUAACAAGACCGCGAAAAUGAGUUUGCGCUGGAUUCAUGAGAAUCUCGAACCACCAACGGUCGACGAAGAGUGCAGCGAUAUUGAUGAUAGUUGCAGCGACGAUAGUUACGCUACAGAUUUGUCCCUUCACGAGGAUGACAACAUAACGACGGAGAACGGGAAAGGAAUUAUUCGCGACGGCCGGAAGAAGAGAGAAACCAAGAGACCUCCGACUGUAACCGUCACUUUUGAUGGGACGCCGCGUAACAUUCAACGUAAUUCUAAAUCACGGAAGUACUCGCCCUGCGUGAUAUGGGAUCCCCGACAGCCAGCGAAAAACCCCGCCUACAAUUGUCAGGUAAUAAAACUGUACUGCCGAACCGGGUAUCAUCUGGCAAUUACACCGUCAGGACGAGUUCGAGGAUUAUCCGGCAACAAUGAGUCGCACGCUCUGCUUCACGUGACGCCGGUGUCUUUUGGCGUUAUCAGGAUACAAAGUGUCGAAACAAGGCUCUACUUGGCAUUCAAUAAGAAAGGACGAUUAUAUGGAGAGAUAAAUAUGAAUAAUGACAAUACUGAGUGGGAACAAUGGAGUAUUGGCUCCUACGAUGCGUUUCGAUCACGCAAAUAUGUAUAUUAUGGAUGGUGGAUAGGAAUAAAAAAGAAUGGGCGAGCAAAAUCAGGAGCGAAAACGUCUUGGGGACAAAAGGCGAUACAAUUUUCAGCUAUUCAAGAGAAUGAAUCAAUUAACUAGAAAAUUUCUGUACACACGCACGUGCGCGCGCAAUUUUUAGGCCCAAUAUUAUAUUCGUUAUACAAACUAACAGAAUUCUUAGAAAGAAAUCCAGAACAGCGAUGAAUGAGUGUUUUAUGAAGGAAGAAAUGAUGAUCGAUAAUAAAGAAAGAAAAUAAGUAAGAAAUUCGUUCGAAUGAGAACUCAAUAUUGAUCAAACAGCAAUGUUCCAAUAGAAUAUAAUGUUUAUUAUAACACUGUGUUACUCAACAAUGGGAUAAUUUGACAUUGUGCAUUCUGCUUGUGCCCUCGAACUGAAACUCUAUCGCAAGUCGCAGUUUUCCAUUUGCAGUAAAUAUAUAUUUAUUAUUAAUAUCAGUCACCACUAUUACAAACAAGAUGAUUGUGUAUCAGCAUUGUUCCGUCGUAAACAGCGAACUUUAAACUGGCCAUCUUGCUCGUAGAGUAUUCGCAAAUAUUAAUUUUUUUUUGUAAUAUGAUAUCAUAAUUAAUGUAUUGUAAUUGUACGUAAUUAUAUGUUAUCUCUUUUGUACAUCUAAAUACAAUGCGUAUAUAUAUAAAAACGUCCAAAUUUCCAAACGAGUUUAUAUUAAAAGAGGAGGACCAAAUAUUGCUUUAAGUGUUUUAAUACUAAGUUUUGCAAAUGUGAAGUGCAUAUUUAGAAUAAACCUUCAAAAAUAUAUAUCAAUACAAGAAGCAAUGUAUGAGCAAGAUAAAUUAGUAAUUAUAUUUAUAAUUUAUAUAUAUACACAAAUCAAUUAAUCAAAGCUAAAGCUUAUGUUAGACAAAUAAUAAAAAAUAUAAUUAUAAUUGUUAAAUUAUUAUUAUCUAUAAAAAUCCUUACUUGAUUUCAUGUAAUCGCAUUAUUUACUUAUACAAUAAUCAAAGUAUUGUUAUUAUUUCUCCCAAAAAGAUAACAAAUAUUAUCUAUUAUGCA